ACAUCCUUUUAAAAUAUUUUGAUUAUAAUUAUUAUUUAUAUUAUUUUAAUUUAUCAAUCAACUAGUUUAUAUAAAUAAAACAAUUUAAUUCUUGGAUUUACGUGCCUACUUUUCCCAUGCUUCCGUGCUUCUAGAAAUACGUUAUAUAUAUACAUACUUCCACACAAACACAAAGUGAACAUCAUUCAGCAAGAACCCAACAAUGGCAAAACAAGAAGAGGUGAUUCUACUGGAUUUCUGGGCUGGCAUGUAUGGAAUGAAGGUCAGGAUCGCUCUUGCUGAAAAGGGUGUUUCAUACGAAUACAGAGAAGAGGAUUUGAGGAACAAAAGCCAGCUUCUCUUGGAGAUGAACCCGGUUCACAAGAAGGUUCCGGUUCUCAUCCACAACGGCAAACCGAUCUGCGAGUCAAGCACCAUUGUUGAAUAUAUCGAUGAAGUCUGGAAAGACAAAGCUCCAUUGUUUCCUUCUGAUACUUAUGGCAAAGCUCGUGCGAGGUUUUGGUCUGACUUUAUUGAUAAGAAGAUAUUCCUGAUUGGGAGGAAUAUGUGCAUGACAAUAGGGGAAGAACAAGAGGCAUCCAGGAAAGAGUUCAUAGAUUGCCUGAAACUGAUUGAUGGAGAGCUUGGAGAGAAGCCUUACUUUGGAGGUGACAGUUUCGGGUAUCUUGAUCUGUCUUUGAUCCCAUUUUAUUCAAGGUUUCAUGCCUAUAAAACCUACGGGGAAUUUAACAUAGAACAAGAGUUCCCAAAAUUGUUCGCUUGGGCUAAAAGGUGCUUGCAGAACAAGGAGAGCGUAUCUAACUCUCUUCCUGACCAACUAAAGGUCCAUGGCUUUGUUCAACAGAUGAGGAGGAUACUUGGACUUGAUCAUGAGUAGAACUUUGAGGUAUCAAAGCCAAUAACAAUAUAUAUGGUUUUUAACACCCUUAAUUAAAUGUGUUUGUCACAUAUAAAUAAUGAAAGUCGUGUUUUCAGAUACAUUUGUUGCUAAGCUUACAUUUUGCAAUGUGUAUUUUAUGAAUGGGAUUGGUUACACA